UCGUCUUGACGCGCCGCACAUAUCUAAGUUUGAACUGCAAUGUCACGACGUAUCAAACUUAUUGAAUGCGAAAAAUAGACAGUGACAAACCAAUUAUUUUACUGAAGUAAUGACGCCGUUCUAUUAACGACUUGAAACGAAUGAUUUGUAUUACAGUGAUUGAAUAUUCAUACCCGAUCAAGACUUUCAAAAUAAGGUUAGGAACUUCGGGAACUGUGUCGAACCAACGGCGAGUGUCAAAAUUCGAUAUUCGUGUCUCGAAUACGUGUUUGUUACCAUGAGUGUUGACGCAUACGGGCCUAGUAGCCAAACCCUGACUUUCCUCGACACGGAGGAAGCAGACUUGAUAGGGGCCGAUACGCAAGGGAGCGAAUUUGAUUUCACCGACUUCACUUUACCAUCCCCAAGUCAGACCCAGGCUUCGCAGCAUGACGGAGGACAGAGUCAACCCAUUCAGGUGAAUGGCACUAGUGGCGGUGGUAGUUCUUCACUUGACUUGAAAAUAGCAGGCGCUACACAGAGUCUUGCCGAACUACAAUUCGAAGAGGAAGAGGAGGAAGCUUACUAUAAUCGAGAUUUACCUGAACAUGCGUGUAAAUAUUGCGGGAUCCAUGAAGCAUCUUGUGUGGUCAUGUGCAAUGCAUGCCGCAAAUGGUUCUGCAAUGGUAGAGGUAAUACUUGUGGCUCGCAUAUCAUCAAUCACUUAGUGCGUGCUAAACAUAAGGAGGUCACAUUGCAUAGGGAUGGCCCACUUGGUGAGACAGUUCUAGAGUGCUAUUCCUGUGGUGUAAGAAAUGUGUUUGUCUUGGGAUUCAUUCCUGCCAAGGCUGAUUCUGUCGUUGUUCUGCUUUGCCGACAACCCUGUGCUGCUCAAAGCUCUCUCAAAGAUAUGAACUGGGAUCAAGAGCAAUGGAAACCACUCAUUGCGGAUCGCAGCUUUUUGGCUUGGUUGGUUAAAAUCCCAGCUGACCAGGAACAACUAAGAGCUAGGCAAAUGUCUGCACAACAAAUGAAUAAGCUGGAAGAAUUAUGGCGAGACAAUGUUGAUGCGACUUUCCAAGACUUGGAAAAACCAGGGGUUGACGAAGAGCCGCAACAAGUCCUCUUGCGGUACGAGGACGGAUAUCAAUAUCAAAAUAUAUUUGGCCCUCUAGUGAAAUUGGAAGCUGACUAUGAUAAACGUCUCAAAGAAUCACAGACCCAAGAAAAUAUUGAGGUACGUUGGGAUGUUGGUUUAAACAAAAAGACAAUCGCAUACUUUAUGCUUGCAAAGACGGACGGCGAUAUGAAACUAAUGCAUGGAGAUGAAUUGAGAUUACGGUAUUUAGGAGAACUGCACAAACCUUGGUCUGGAAUUGGCCAUGUUAUUAAAAUUCCCGACAAUUAUGGAGAGGAAGUUGGCAUUGAACUGAAAAAUAACUCUGGGGCUCCUACCGAAUGCAUCAGCAACUUCGUGGUAGACUUCAUCUGGAAAAGCACUAGUUUUGAUCGUAUGCAGCUCGCUCUACGCAAAUUCGCCGUUGAUGACUCCUCUGUAUCUGGAUACAUAUAUCACAGACUACUCGGCCAUGAAGUGGAAGAAGUACUGUUUCGCUGCCAUCUCCCUAAACACUUCAGUGCUCCAAAUCUACCUGACCUCAAUCGGUCUCAGGUCUAUGCUGUAAAACAUGCUGUGCAGAGACCAUUGUCUCUCAUUCAAGGACCUCCGGGAACGGGUAAAACUGUAACUAGUGCAACAAUAGUUUACCAGCUAGUGAAACAGAAUGGAGGCCCAGUCUUGGUCUGUGCCCCUUCUAAUACCGCAGUCGAUCAACUGACCGACAAGAUUCACAAGUCUAACUUGAAGGUCGUCCGCUUGUGCGCAAAGUCAAGAGAGGCCAUUGACUCCCCAGUUAGUUUCCUUGCUCUACACAACCAGAUAAAAAAUAUGGAGACAAAUAACGAACUGCAAAAGUUGCAACAACUCAAAGAUGAAACUGGAGAACUAUCUAGUGUAGAUGAGAAACGAUAUCGACUUCUGAAAAAGACUGCGGAAAAAGAACUGUUAGAAGCCGCGGAUGUUAUUUGCUGCACCUGUGUCGGAGCUGGAGAUCCAAGAUUACAUAGAUUGAAAUUCCACUCGAUCUUGAUCGAUGAAAGUAUGCAAGCUACAGAACCUGAAUGUAUGGUACCAGUUGUUUUGGGUGCCAAACAGUUAAUUCUAGUCGGUGAUCAUUGCCAGCUUGGGCCAGUAGUCAUGUGCAAAAAAGCAGCUAGAGCUGGUUUGUCUCAAUCUUUAUUCGAGAGACUCGUCGUACUGGGAAUUCGUCCUUUCCGUUUAGAAGUUCAGUACCGUAUGCAUCCGGAUCUAUCACGCUUCCCAUCCAACUUCUUCUACGAAGGUUCAUUGCAAAACGGCGUCUGUGCGGAUGAAAGAAAGUUAUUGAAAAUUGAUUUUCCAUGGCCUGCUCCGGAUAAACCCAUGUUUUUUUACGUAACCCAAGGACAAGAAGAAAUUGCUGGCAGCGGUACCUCUUACCUUAAUCGGACCGAAGCUUCGAAUGUGGAAAAAAUAACAACCAGGUUCUUACGCUGUGGUGUGAAACCUGAACAGAUUGGAGUUAUAACUCCUUAUGAAGGCCAGAGGGCAUAUCUUGUCCAGUACAUGCAAUACCAAGGUUCUUUGUACUCUAAGCUCUAUCAAGAGAUUGAAGUUGCCAGUGUUGAUGCCUUCCAAGGGCGUGAAAAAGACAUCAUCAUAAUGUCCUGCGUUCGAUCCAAUGAACAUCAAGGAAUUGGAUUUCUAAAUGAUCCUAGAAGAUUAAACGUUGCCCUUACCCGUGCUAAAUAUGGAAUUAUCAUUGUUGGAAAUCCGAAAGUUUUAUCCAAGCAACCUCUGUGGAACCACUUAUUGAGUUUUUACAAAGAGCAAAAAGUACUCGUCGAAGGACCGCUAAACAAUCUGAAAGAAUCUAUGAUUCAAUUUGCCAAACCUAAGAAACUUGUAAAUGCUGCCAAUCCAGGUUCUCACUUCAUGUCUACAUCUAUGUACGACGCAAGAGAGGCUCUGAUCCCUGGGUCGGUCUACGAUCGUUCAGGUACCCAAGUGAAUGGUACCCAAAAUCAUAAUCCCUACUAUCAGAGAAACGUUCCACUGGAUAUCUUCAGUAGGACUCACGAUACAAUCAGCUACAUUAGCCCUGAGAGAGCACAAGCGGCGAUGAAUAAUGUCCCAGUUCCUGUAGGUAUGUUCAUGAACAUGGCUCAUGUUCCACCACGAUUUUACAAUCAACAUCAACAAGCUCUGCAAGCGAGACAAAAUCAAAGAAAUCGUAGAGGUGCCACAUCAGCUAAAAACAAGACAGGCCCUCGUGGAAGUAAAUUGAGCCAAACAGAACAAAAUACGCAGCCGUAUAGCCAGCCAGGAAUUCCGUUAACUCAAGGAACUACGCAAGGAAUGUCACAACCAGGUUUCAGCCUGUCGCAGCCGGGUCUUAGUCAGGCGGAGUUGUCACAAGACUCGUUUGCUGUUGGCGAGUUUCAAUCGCAAAUGGAUGGUUUGUUGUCCCAGGAUUCCACUUAUCAAGGAGAUAGAAGUGGAUUUUACCAAUCAGGCCAGUCACAAGCCGGGGGCCAGUUCUCUCAGCCGUACUGAGCCGAGAAGUUACGGCUGAACAACGCAUUCGCCAUGCAGCGUCGCGGGAGCGACUGAAGGCUUAUUCAACCAACUAUUCUUCGACAACAAUUACAAACCACCCAACUGCGUAAAACGGUAAAACGGCUCGACAAACGAGUACAUGUAGUACAUGUCGUCGGUAUAACAAGAGGUGACCAUGCAGAGGACAACUGUAAAACGAAAAUCUAACAGAGAAAACACCGCAACGCAAGUGAACGGACCGUUUUAUCGCGGGGAUCGAGUGACACUGGAAAAAGGAGACGUGUAAAUCACUUCUAAAUUGACAAGCGCCAACAUAGCAGUAAUGCGACCAGACACCCCAUGGCAAGGCGACAAGUGCCUAUUGGCACACAUAUAGCUUAGACAAAUUUUAGAAGAUCUUUAACGAUUAUUCGGCAACCUUCUAGUACCUUUCAUUCUGGAUGGACAUCGUCGCCGGUAUGUUCAAAGGACCGUAAAGGAGGUCUAGCCAUGUAACAGAUGGGGUACGUUCAAGCGAUUCAGGUCUUAUAAAUUUUGUUUAAGUUCCUGAUACAAAAAAAAAUUUUAACUAUCUUCUAGACGUUGAGAGGUAUAAUUGUUAACUUGAUACCUCUAUUCAUCCUCUAGAUGUCGAAGCGCAUAGCAAUGAUAAUUUUCAUGCGCAAAAAUUAUAAGUGCAUAAAUAUCAAGCAAGCAUAGGACAAAAUCCAGUCUAUGAAGCUACUAAUCAUCCAUCAUAUAAUGUAAUCAAUACUCCAUUAUAGAGUUAAAUUCUUUUUCUUGCUUUGGCGUAGACUGACCAUUUUACUAACUGCCGGGAUUAUUAUUCACAUCAUAUUUCGUUCUGUUAGUUUGAUGUUUGUUUAUUGCUGAAGUCAACCCGACAGCAACUAGAUUAUUUUAUUUCAUUGGGUGAUUCUCUGGUUGGGGAUUACUGAUAAAUGAUUUGAAUAACAGGUGCCACAUGCCACUGAAACAUUUUGAAUAAGAAAUGCUUUUCACUGACAAUGGUAUGGAACUAACAGAUCACCGUUUAAAAGAGAAUUACCAUCCGUUCACAAUAUACACAUCGUUUCAAGUUCUUAAUGUUAUUUUAAAUAGGGGCAUACAUACCUACAUACGAACAUACACACAAUUAGUGUUGGGGGUUUUUAGUUAAUAAUAAUCCAGUCGAAAUGUGAUUGACGUGGUACUGACUUCGUAUUCUUGUUCUUACCAAAAUUUUUGCGCCAAUCUCUAGCAACAUUAGCUUAAUUAUUAUGCAUUACUAGUAUCUGAAUAAUGCGUCACAAAUCUAUUGUUUCUUUUUUCUUUUGAUAAAAAAAAAACGCACCAACUAUAAAUUUUACAGUAUGAAAAUUCAGUGUAACACUUCACGAUACCAAUAAAUUUAAUUUCCAGAUAAA